GCGGCAGGCAGUAACGUGACGACAGCGGAGGAGACAGGUCGGAAUGUGGCUGUUGCAGCUACUGCUGGCUGUGGCCUUGCUCGGCCUCAAGACGACGCAUGGCGUCAUUCUCACGCCACCGUAUUUCAACUUGGCGGAAGGACGCCGCAUCUACGCGACUGCCACCUGCGGAGAGGAAAUUCAGGAACCGGAACUGUAUUGUAAGCUGGUGGGAGCUAACGCGGACCGAGAUGUAAACGUAAACCUUAUACAGGGGCAGGUGUGUGAUUACUGCGACCCCAGCCAACCCGACAAGACGCAUCCCGCACAGUUCGCAGUUGAUGGUGCUGAAACCUGGUGGCAAAGUCCUCCUCUGUCUCGCGGUGUGAAGUACAACGAGGUCAACCUUACCAUCGACCUGGGACAGGAGUUCCAUGUUGCCUAUGUGUUCAUCAAGAUGGCAAACUCACCUCGACCUGGUGUAUGGGUUUUGGAAAAGUCUGUUGACAAUGGAGUAACAUAUCAGCCAUGGCAAUACUUUGCUGACACACCAGGGGACUGUGCGACCUAUUUUGGACAAGAGAGCUUGCAGCCCAUCACUAGAGAUGAUUCAGUAGUAUGUGAGACACAGUACUCCAAGGUGGUGCCUCUGGAAGGUGGUGAGAUUGUAGUAUCCUUGCUGAACAAUCGUCCAUCAGCAAAUGAUUUCUUCAAUUCAACUGUGCUACAAGAAUGGACUAGGGCUACCAAUGUUCGUCUCCGUUUUCUACGAACAAAAACUUUGCUGGGGCACCUUAUGUCUGUAGCCCGUCAAGAUCCAACUGUAACCCGUAGAUAUUUCUAUUCCAUUAAAGACAUCAGCAUUGGUGGACGCUGCAUGUGCAAUGGCCACGCAGAUACAUGUGACAUCACAGAUCCCAAUGACCCAUACAAGCUGUUAUGCCGUUGUCAGCACCAUACCUGUGGUGGCAACUGUGAUACAUGCUGUCCUGGCUUCCAGCAGAAGGCAUGGAGGCAGUCACAGAGUUACCAACCUUUCGUAUGUGAACCUUGCAACUGUUUCGGACACACUGAGGAAUGCAUAUAUGACCCUGAGGUGGACAGGGAGCGGCGCUCGUUAGACAUCCAUGGUUACUAUGAGGGAGGUGGUGUAUGCCAGAACUGUCGAGACAACACGGAUGGCAUCAACUGUGACCGAUGCAAACCUGGUUACUAUCGUCCUUUUGGAAAGAACCUCAAUGAAACAGAUGUUUGUUAUCCUUGCCAGUGCAACUACUUUUACUCAACUGGGAACUGUGCAGAGGGCACGGGCCACUGUGAAUGUCGUGUCGAAUUCACUCCACCUAACUGUGACAGUUGCAGUUUUGGCUACUUUGGCUAUCCUGAAUGUCGACCUUGUGACUGUCACCCCAAUGGGACCAGGGGGUUUCACUGUGAAUCAAGUGGUGGGCAGUGCCCAUGCAAACCCAAUUAUUCUGGGAAGUUCUGCAACAAGUGUUAUGAUGGUUACUACAACUUCCCUGAAUGCCUGUCCUGUGACUGCAAUGAACAAGGGUCUCUGUCGAAUGUCUGUGAUGUUGAGUCAGGGCAGUGUUCAUGUAGGAGCAACUAUGGAGGGCGCACAUGUGACUUGUGUGGCAAUGGAUACUACAACUAUCCUGAAUGUCUGUACUGUAACUGCGAUGUGAGAGGAACACUACCUGGUGUUUGUAACAAGUCAACUGGCCAGUGUCUCUGCAAGGAAGGUUACAGUGGGGCACGAUGCGAUCAGUGUACUCCAGGUUACCAUGGUUACCCUGGUUGCAGGCCUUGCAACUGCAGUGAGGUUGGCAGUUCCUCCACUGUGUGUGAUGCUUCGGGCAAAUGUACCUGUUUGUACAACUUUGCUGGACGAACAUGUGACCAAUGCAGCCCUGGUUACUACCAGUAUCCUGAAUGUCUUCCCUGCAAGUGUGAGGACACAGGUUCAAUUGGAGUAUCGUGUGACAAUGAGGGCAGAUGUCAGUGCAAGGACAACUUUGAUGGGAACCGCUGUGAGAAGUGCCAGGAAGGCUUUUACAAUUACCCUAUCUGUGAAGAAUGCAAUUGUGACCCAGCUGGUGUACCUGCCACAUUUACGGGUUGUGGGACACUGCCACCAGGUGAACUUUGUAAAUGCAAAGACAGAGUGCAUGGACGAAUCUGCAAUGAAUGUCGUCCAUUGUUCUGGAAUUUGCAAGCCUCAAAUCCGGAUGGCUGUGAAGAGUGUGACUGUCACAUUCCUGGUGUGAUGGGUGGUCUUGGUGUAUGUGAUACUAAGACAGGACAGUGCUUUUGUAAACCUUUGGUGACUUCGCGACGUUGUGACACAUGCAGUCCUGGCACAUACAGCCUUGCUGAAAACAAUUUGUUUGGAUGCACUGACUGUGGGUGUGACAUUGGUGGUUCUGUCAACAACAUCUGUGACAAGGAAACUGGGCAGUGCACUUGCCGACCAAGGAUCACUGGACGGACAUGCAAGGAGCCAUUACAGGCACAUUACUUCCCCACCCUCUAUCAGUAUCAGUAUGAAGCUGAGAAUGGGCGCACUCCUGCCGGUACUUCAGCACGAUAUGGGUUUGACGAACAUGUCUUCAGAGGCUACUCCUGGAAAGGCUAUGCAGUAUUUUCCCAGCUUCAGAAUGAGAUAAUCCAGGAUGUAUACAUCUCAAAGCCAUCGUUAUAUCGCAUGGUGCUACGCUAUAAGAAUCCAAGCCCGGAACCAAUAGUGGGUGCCAUCACCAUCACACCUGACAAUCCUAAUGACAUAGAACAGAACUUCUUGGUGCAGUUCAAACCAUCCCGUGAGCCAGUCUUCACUACUGUGUCUGGUCCAUCGGGCAUCAUCCCGUCUCCUCUUGUCAUGAAUCCUGGCCAUUGGUCUGUCAGCAUAAAAAAUAAGAAGAGCUUAUUUCUGGAUUAUUUUGUGCUUCUGCCAGCUGCUUUCUACGAGGCAACAUUAUUAGUAGACCAAGUCUACACUCCAUGUGAAGUUGGCAAUAGAGAACUCUGUCGCCAUUUCAGCUAUCCGAAUUUGACACAGUUUGACAUGGUGCGUGGUGGGGGAGGGUAUCGCGUUGUGAAUGAGGAACGGAAACCACUGGAUGUGUACUUCAGAGAUGAGCAGCAUCUGCGAGAACUGAACACCAAUGACCUCCCUUUGCUGAACAAAGAUCAACCUGAGAUUUACCUUGACUUGCGAGUUUCCAAACCAGGGCGCCAUGUUCUUCUCAUCAACUACCUGACACCUGUUAAUAACCGUUCAACCACUACAGUGCAUAUAGAAACGAGGACACAGCGGGGCAGAGAUAAGGGGCGGGCAACCCUGUAUGCUUGCCCUUACACAUCUCUCUGUAGACAGGCAGUGACGGACAGGCAGGGACGCAUUGCUGUGUUCAAGUUUGACAGCAACUUUAUCAAUCCAGUGCUCAAGGGAGAGAACAAUUCCAAUGUGGGCAUCGAAUCGUUGGUGGCAAUCCCAUACGAUCAGUGGUCUCUUGACUACCAACAACCAAAGCCUGCCUGCAUAAGAAAGGAUGGAAAGUGCAUCCAGGCUUUAUUCUUGACACCUCCUGACUCCAAGAAGGUAGAGUUUGAGUACGCCAAUGAACUGCGGUUGGCCAAAGUCCUACCAGGAGUGUAUGACAAUAACACAGGUCUUGUCUACCUCGACCAUAGAGACUCCAUGAUUGAUGUCAGUGGGAAGGUGCCUCACCCUGGGCAGUAUGUGUUUGUUGUACACUAUUACCAGCCAGACCACCCAGAGUUUGACCUGGAAGUGCUGGUGCAUAAUGGUCAGUUCUAUGAAGCUAAACUACCUGUUCAGCACUGCCCCUCCAAUUCUGGGUGCCGCUCAAUUGUUAAGCAGGCUGAUGGCGACUCUUACUUUCAGCUGACAGAGAACUUCGUUUUCACACUGAAGGAGGCAAGUCACAAGGGUGUAUGGCUGGACUAUGUGUUGGUGAUCCCAGCUGAACAGUAUUCUGAAAAUGUACUGUCUGAGGAGCCUGUGGAUAAUACAGGAGCAUUCAUCAAAGAUUGUGGCCAUAAUCACUUCUUCAUGGAUAAUUAUACAGAAGGUUUCUGCAAUGAUGCUGUGUUCUCCCUGACUGCGGACUACAAUAAUGGAGCUUUGCCAUGCCAUUGUGAUUUUGAUGGAUCACUCAGUUUCGAGUGUGAAAAGUUCGGUGGCCAGUGUCCAUGCAAGCCAAAUGUUAUUGGGCGACGUUGUGAAGCCUGUCGUACUGGAUUCUAUGGUUUUCCUGACUGUAAACCAUGUGACUGUCCUUCAACUGCUCUUUGUGAAACUUAUACAGGCGAGUGCAUCUGUCCAGUGCGGGUAACGGGUGAGAAGUGUGAUCAGUGCAUUGCCUACACUUAUGGAUUUGACCCAAUCAUUGGUUGUGAAGAGUGCAACUGUGAACCUUUAGGUGUGGUGCACGGGAACCUGCAGUGUGAUCUUUCCAAUGGCAGCUGCGAAUGCAAACCAAAUGUGGUGGGGAGGACAUGUGACCGCUGUGUGGCAGGACAUCAUAGCUUUCCAUAUUGCCAGCAGUGUGAUUGUGACCUCAGGGGAACCACACUUGACAUUUGUGACCAGUUCACUGCAGAAUGUUACUGCAAGGCUAAUGUGGAGGGACAGGCAUGUGACUUAUGUAAGGAAGGAACAUUCAACAUCCAACUGGAGAACCCUGAUGGUUGCACCAAGUGCUUCUGUUCAGGCAAGACAACACGCUGCUCCAGCUCACAGCUGUACAGGGCCCAGGUGCAGGAUAUGCGAGACUGGAGUCUGGCAGUUGCAGACGUAGAAAAGACGGUGAACAUUGAGAAUCUGAUUACUGAGCCUGAACAACUUGAUUCAGGCCACAGCAUUGGGGUGGACCUGACAUCUGAUGACACACAUCAGAAAGUUGUGUACUUCUCAGCAUCACCAGCGUACCUUGGCAACAAACUGGUAGCAUAUGGAGGAGCUCUCAACUACACCAUCUUCUACACAACUGGACUCUUUGGAGGUGCUUUGAGUCGACCCGAUGUGAUGCUGUACAGUGGUGACCUCUACUUGUUGCACUUUGCGCUGGAGCAGCCAGCUGCCACAACUAGAUAUGCAGCAUCAGUCGACAUUGUGGAGACCAAUUUUGUGCUUCCAACAGGAUUCCCAGCCACUCGAGAACAGCUGAUGCAAGUUCUGCAGAGACUGCAGGCAAUCUACAUCAGAGCCACUUACUGGGAGGGAAGUAUCACUUCGAGAUUGGGGAAUGUGUCUCUGGACAUUGCUCUGGAGGGCUACAACCCGAAUACGAGUAAAGCAAUGGCAGUAGAACAGUGCCAGUGCCCACAGCCAUACAAGGGCCUCUCAUGCGAGGACUGUGCCCCUGGUUACUACCGUUCCCAGACUGGACCAUAUGGAGGAUACUGUGUUCCCUGUCAGUGUAAUGGCCAUUCUGAAACAUGUGAUGAGGUCACUGGAAUUUGCUAUGAUUGCAAGCACAAUACGACUGGGGAUCACUGUGAGCUUUGUACAGUAGGUUACCAUGGAGAUGCCACACAAGGAUCACCCUUUGAUUGCCUCAUUUGUGCAUGUCCUUUACCAAUUCCAUCCAACAACUUUGCCACAAGCUGUGACCUGAGCCGGGAUGGCACACGCAUUAGCUGUGAAUGUCGUCCAGGGUAUUAUGGUGCACGUUGUCAGUCCUGUGCAGCAGGGUUCUAUGGCCGUCCGGAAGUAGCAGGUGACUACUGUCGGCCGUGUGAAUGCUCGGGAAACAUCAACCCAGAUGACCCAGGAUCAUGUGAUUCUGUAACAGGAGAAUGUCUCCGCUGCCUCAAUAACACAUUUGGGAUGGCCUGUAACCUGUGUGCCCCUGGUUACUUCGGUGAUGCUGUCCACCUCAAGGAUUGCCAGACCUGUGACUGCAGCACGUGCGGCACCAGUGAGUGUGACAGCCACACAGGCCAGUGUCGCUGUCGUGACAAUGUUGUUGGGGAGAAGUGUGACCGCUGCCAGGCAGAGCACUAUGGUUUCAAUUCAUGUCAGGGAUGUCGGCCAUGUAACUGUCAGCUUGCAUCAGAGAGUUCACAGUGUGAUGAUUCUACUGGACAGUGUCGUUGCAAGCCAGGAAUUGCAGGUCUCAGAUGUGAACGUUGUCAGUCUGGCUUCUGGAACUAUAGUGCCCAUGGAUGCGUGUCUUGUGGAUGUAACACAGAGUACUCACUUGGGUUUGGGUGCAAUGCAAGCACGGGUCAGUGUGAAUGCCUGCCGGGUGUGAUUGGGGAGAAAUGUGACCACUGUCCCUAUCGCUGGGUUCUUAAGGAGGAUGAAGGUUGCUUUGAGUGUGACAGCUGCAUUCAUGAUCUGCUUGAUGUCACAGACAGGCUUCGAGCUCGUAUUGAUCCUGUAGCUGAUGAGUUUGAGACUAUAGCUGUGGGCUACUUCACACACCAGCGUCUGGUAUACAUCAAUUCAACUGCCAAUGAACUAGCUCCCAAAGUGAAGCUGCUUGACCCUCUCCUAGUGGACCUACGUCCUAUCACGGAGGAACUUGAGAGUCUGGAGCAGGAUGCAAAAAAUUUGAACAGAAAAGCAAACUAUGUGAUGGAAUCUGGCAACCAGAUUCCCCAGGAGGGUGGCUCUGUACAUUUGAGUGCCCUGGAAGUGGAGGAACUGGUGAAGAACACUGUGGUUGGAGCUCUUCAAAUUGUGAGUGAUGUGAGCACCCUCGCUUUCAGUCUUGAAGGUGGUACUAGCCCGCAGAUUGACUCAGCUCUCCAAGAAGCCCAGGAAAUUCUUGAGGAAAUACAACAACAAGACUUCUCUCCUAGGAAAGCAGAGGCUGAGGCAGAGUUGAGAAAAGCAAAUGCUCUUCUAUUGAGGAUGAACAGCUUCUCUCUUCCAGUGCAUAACCAGAGUAAAGCCUUUGAGAAUUUGCGUGCCAAAAUCCAAAACUUUGAUGACAAACUGAGUGAUUUGCGUAACCACACAGAAAAUGCCAUUAGCAAAGCCAGUGAUGCACAGGCACUGAAUAAUGCAAACAACAAUUCCAAGGUCAUGAGUACAGUGGAAAAGGUGAAGAAUCUUCAAGAAGAUGCAAACCAUACCCUGGAGGAUGCUCAAGAACUGCUGAGGAAUGCAUCAGCACUCCUUGGAGAUGCACGAGAAGCAUUUGAUAAUCUUUUCCUGGAAGUACAGCAGGGUCAGGAUUCAAGAGAGAGGCUGAAUGAGACUUUGGAGACAAAUCAGCUGGAGUUGUAUGAAGUUCAUCAGCGGGUACGGAGAGCUGAAGAACAUGCUCUGAAGCUUGAAGCCAAGGCCAAAGAAUUGGAAGAUUUAUUUAAAGAGUCCAACACUUCGUCAGGAAAUGCCGUUGAUGCUGCCAAUGCUUACAGCAACAUCGAGUCAGCCAUCCAGGAAGCCCUGGCAGCUGCACAUGAUGCAGGGAAUGCUGCAGAGAAUGCCACUGAUAUGUCACAUGGUUUAGAUGAUCGCACAGGUGAAUCAGGGGCACGCUCCUCUGAGCUGCUCCAGAAUGCACGGGGAACACUAGACCAAGCCCAGCGUGAACUGAUGCCACAUCUGGAGAAGGCUAGGAACAGCGUUGAGGAGGUGCAGCAAAUGAACCUGAAGAGUGAUGAGGGGGAUAGCCGUAUCAACAGAGCUUUGCAGAGGAUACCAUAUGAGUCCCAAGCACCAGAGGCAAGAGUGGCAAUGGAUCAGUCUGAUGCUGCAGAUCGCAUUUCACAGUCUGCCCUAAACAACAUCCAAGAUAUCUUACAUGACUUGCCUGAACAGGUGGCGGAGGCUCGUAAGCUUCCAAGAGAUGUGGAAGAUACCAGCAAAGUUACAGCACAGGCUAACAACAAUCUGCAGCGAGUGUACAAUGUCAAGCCAGACAUUGAUCAGCUGAUUAAUCAGCUGAGCACCCAGAGGGCUGGUUUGGAUGCUUCAGGCAAUGAUAUCAAAGCACAGAUUGAUGCUCUCAGACAGAAAAUUUCAAUGGCCAGAGAUGUUGCAAACAGGAUCAAAGUGGGAGUGACAUUCUCCCAGAACACGGCACUUGAGCUCCGUAACCCAGAGAGCCUCCCAGAGCUGGCAACUUCCACCAAAGUGUCUCUGUACUUCAAGACUAAUAAACCCAAUGGCUUCCUACUGUACCUUGGCAAUGAGGAGGGUACACAUCGCAAAAUGCGUAGGGUUCGUAGUGAUGACUUCUUGGCAUUGCAGAUUGAGAAUGGUUACCCAAUUCUUACCAUUGAUGUUGGCUCAGGUGCUCAGAAAAUCAUCAGUGAUAAGUUUGUGUCUGAUGAUGUAUGGUAUCAGGCCAUCAUUGAGAGAACAGGGAAGAAAGUUCAGUUGAUCAUACGAGAAGAGGUGGCUGAUGGUCAAGAGAGGAAGCAUGUCAAUGAGAUAGUGCUUCCUGGCACUUCUUCUAUCUUCAAUUUGGAUCAGGAGUUGUCCAAACUUUUUGUUGGAGGAUUCCCAGUUUAUUUUGGAAUGCAACCAGAGAUCAAGUACCAGGCCUUUGAGGGACAAAUAGAGGAGCUGGUUAUAGGUGAAACUCCAGUCUCCCUUUGGAACUUUGUGGAUGCAGAGAACAAUGUUGGUGCCAUUGAGAGAGAUAAGCUUGUGAACUUGCAACCCAGCACAGGAUACCGUUUUGAUGGAAGUGGAUAUGCUAUUGUGAGUAGCAGACCUUACCGAAUGCGUGAGCGUUCUGAUGUUCAGUUGAAAUUUAAGACUACAGCACGAGAUGGACUGCUUUUCCUCGCUGGAAAGGGACACACAUUUUUGUCAGUGGAGCUGCGAGAUGGAAAUGUUGUGUACCAGUAUGACCUUGGACUUGGAUUGCUCCAAAUAACAUCACAGAACACAUACAACGAUGACAGAUGGCACACAGUGGAAGCUGUUAGGGAGAAGGAGAAGGGUGUGCUUAAAAUUGAUGGUGUUCCAGAGUUCCAGGGCAGUGCACCUGAAAGAGCUACACAGCUGCAGGUUUCAGAGCACUUCUAUGUGGGAGGCUAUCCAGGGCAGCUACCAUUCAGACCAGUGACUGGUGUUGGAUUCGAUGGCUGCAUUGAUGGAGUGCAAAUUGAUGGAACACCUGUUGAUUUGAGUCAGAAUGUAGAAGCUUUUGGAGUCACUCCAGGUUGUCCAGUGCAAUUUGCUAGCUCAGUUGCAUUUGAUGCGGCAAGCCCAGGUUACGUACGAUGGCCCAAUGGAUCAGCCGAUAACUUCCUACAGCUCAACCUUAAAUUCAAGACAGCUGCUAGCUCAGGAUUAUUAUUCUAUGGGGCAGACCGGCAUGGAAAUGCAGCAGUGUCUCUGGCACUGAUGGGUGGAGGCUUGGUGAUGCGCAGUCAGGGGGAGGAGCUGGUGACUGGUGCCAACACUCACUAUGACGACAAUCAGUGGCAUGUUGUCACUGCCACACAUGACAGUACUGGACUGCGUCUUGACAUCGAUGACUUUGAUACUGUCAUGACAGACUCGGAACCAGCUCCCCUCCAUUUCCUGUAUGGCAACUACUACUUUGGUGGCUUGCCAAGUGUACAGACUGCAUUCCCUGGCACAGUAGCAACCACAAAUCCAUUCAUUGGCUGCAUUGGGGAUGCUACUGUGAAUGGGGUGUUUAUUAACUUCGCUAAUGCAACUGACAGAAGAGGUGCCAUUUUGGGGAAGUGUCCCUCAGCUGAUAUAAGACCAAGUCGACCUUCAGCACCAACAAUUCCCAAAGAAGAUGAUGUUGCAGUUAUACUGGAGCCAGAGCCAAGUCCACGUGUUCCAGAAGAAUCUCCAGCAACUGUCAGACCUGUGCCAACAAAAGAACCUGACUUUGGCAAACCUGAAGAGGAGACAACACUGUCAACUGCAACUGCACCAACUCCUGCCCCAACGCCAGCUGGGAAAUGCUCCCUGCCAUUGGAGCCAGCCAAUGACACUUCUGUUUCUCCUGCAGAUGGCUACAGGUUUGGAACUGUAGCUGGCAGUCGACAAGAAUAUGGUGCCAACUCAGGUCGUAUUAAAAUGAAAUAUGAGUUCUCUCUUGAAUUCAAAACUUCAGCUGAAGAAGGCAUAUUGUUUUAUGUGGGGGAUGAUCGCCAUAUUGACUUCAUAGCCUUGUACCUGAAGGGUGGCAAGGUGCACUAUGGGUUUAACUGUGGUUCAGGAGCGGCAUUGAUCGUGGGUGAGAAAGCAUAUCAUGAUGGACAGUGGCACUCGGUUGUCUUUAAUCGCACACACACCAAUGGAAACCUGAUCAUUGACAGUGAGGUUGUAGGAGUGAAUUCCUCGAAGGGUGCUACCAAGUCGAUCAAUGUUUUGUCACCAUAUUAUGUUGGUGGAAUAUCACCAAAUAUAUCCAAUGAAGCAAAGUUCAACAUCAAGAAUGUAAAUGGGUCUUUUAUUGGCUGUCUGCGCAAUGUUCAGCUAAAUUCUAAGAAUCUGGGUGACCUGCGGCAUUCAAUAGGAGUCAUCCCAUGUUCUAAUAAGGUGGAGCCUGGAGUGUUCUUCGCACACACAGGAGGUCAAAUUAUAGCACAUCCCAGUUUCCGGGUAGGUGUUGUGAUUGACAUCAAAUUGGAUAUUCGUCCUCGAAAGACUUCUGGAAUUUUACUGUCAGUGCAUGGCCGGCGUGACUUCCUGCUGCUGCAGAUGGUGAAUGGUGUUCUAAAGUUUAGCGUUGACAAUGGCAAAGGUGCCAUUUCAGCAGAGUACACUCCUCCACAUGAGCAUUACUUUUGCGAUGGUCAUUGGCACACCAUUCAAGCUGUGAAGUCAAAGAAUGUGGUCACAUUGUCAGUGGACAAGACAUCUGUGGAACCAGGAAUCGGGAUCCCUGGUUCAUCAUCAACUGACACUCGUGACUCCCUCAUCAUAGGUGACUUCAACCGGACUCUGCAUCAACGUCGUCUUCGUGGACUACAGACAAGAGAGUUCUAUGUUGGUUGUAUUCGCAAUGUCUUUAUCAAUGAAGAAGAACAGAAGCUUGAUGCUUCCCAAGUACGUGGUAAUGUAAUGGUUAGUGUAUGCCCAACCACAUAAAUAUUACCGUAGCAAGGGUUGCCAAGAUAAUCAUCUGUUUCACAUCUGGUGCUUUAUUAUACGGCUUCUUAUCAUACAAAACUAUGAGUUGAUUCCCUUUGGAUAAAGGAUUUAAUGUGUUUAAAGUCAGUUAGACCUCAAAGUCAAGGAGCUGCAGUCUGUAGUUAUAAUGACUGACACUGGGAUUUUUAAAUAAGUUAAGAUGGUAGUUGUCUGAGUUCUGACAUUGUGUGGACUUGUAAGCUAACUGUCUAUGAAAGUACACAAUGUCAUAACACAAGAGAUUAGUUUCCAUCACAGUUGCUGGCUUUUUGGGCUUCAUCCGUCAUCCUUUAUUUUAAAUACUAGGGAACACAGUGUGUCAGUAAUUGGAUAUGUGUCUGUCCUCAGGUGAGAAGGGGACACCUACUCUGUUAGGCCCCUUACAAAGAGCUAACCCAGAUCCAGAGCCCAG